CAUUGUUCCUUCCCAAACCAUAAUUUCCAUCGCAUCGCAACAACCAUGCAAGACAAUCGCGAACGACAAGCUGCAGAGCUAACUCUGCUCGCCACAAUGUAUCCCUCCGAGUUCUCAUGGCGCAGCAACCCACCACCAGAUCUCGAGACGCCCGCCAUAACCACCGAUCCGAACUUUACCUUGACGGUCCAUCCCAGUUAUGCCCUCGAGUUCUCCUUGUCAGACACCUACCCCAACACCCAAAAGCCACAUGUCUACCUGUCUUGCGGUGGUGACGUAGAUACCUCGACGCGGAAACGUGCAAGAGCGAAGCUUUCAGAGAUAGCAGAGGAGCAAGAGGCUGGCAUUGAGAUGCUUGAUUUGAUCGUGACAUUGUUCACUGAAUACCUGCCUGAAUUGACUGAGAGCAACUCGGAUGCAGACCAAGAUGGAGAUAAAGAUGAUGGCCAGCGUCAACAUACUUCCCAGAUCAAGCGUGUUGUGAUAUGGUCUCAUCAUCUUCUGGCCACCUCAAAACGAAAAGACAUACAGGCUUGGUCAAAGGAGUUGUCAUUGAGUGGCUACAGUCGUCCAGGCCACCCAGGAAGCAUAUUCGCAGAGGGUGACGAAGAUCAAAUCGAUGAGUUUAUUCGUCGUCUGAAGCAACUGCGCUGGCAGGCUCUACAAGUCAGGGGCGAAGAAACUGCCGACAAGCGUAUCUGUGGACCUGGAGAUGGCAUACUCGAAGUCGAAGGUCUGGGGGAGAUAGCAGAGGCUCUCAAGAGAAUUGAUGCUGACACUGCUGAUCUCUUCCUCCAAGCCAUGAAGAUUGCAAAAACAGAUUGA